AUGCCUGCUGGAGGAUUUCCCACCUUCCCAGUUUCCCCCCCAGAUUUCCCCAACGAAAAACGUCCCACCUUCUUCCACUCCUCCUCCCAAUCCCAAAAAGUAACACCAGUAUCCUACUCCACCUCCAGAUCCUACACUGCCAAAUCUUCCUCUCCAAAAAUAUCCAUGGAAACUACUUCUACAUAUACCACAAACGAAACAUCUUCGCUCUACAGCACCACCUCCACUAUUUCCCUCCUGAAACAUUCAGUCGGUACCCUCAAAGCUAAGCUUUCCCGUAAGGAGCAUUUGAAAAGUGGAGAAGUCAAGUCGUAUAAGAAAUCUUAA